AUGUCAGAACCGAGACAAAUAUCUUUCAAUGUAUCUGAUCAUUAUCAGAUUCUUGAAAUAGUCGGCGAAGGUGCCUAUGGAGUAGUCUGCCUGGCAAUUCAUAAACCUUCUAACCAGAAGGUAGCGAUCAAAAAAAUUGAACCUUUCGAAAGGUCCAUGCUUUGCUUAAGAACUUUAAGAGAAUUGAAGUUGUUGAAGCAUUUCAAUCAUGAAAACAUCAUUUCUAUAUUGGCCAUACAAAGACCCCCUUCAUUUGAAAAUUUCACUGAAAUCUACUUGAUCCAAGAAUUGAUGGAAACUGAUUUACAUCGAGUCAUUAGAACUCAAAAGCUCUCUGAUGAUCACAUUCAAUAUUUCAUUUAUCAGACUUUGAGAGCGUUAAAGAACAUGCACCUGGCGAAUGUUUUGCAUAGAGACUUGAAGCCCCUGAAUUUAUUGUUAAACAGCAACUGUGAUUUGAAAGUUUGUGAUUUCGGAUUGGCAAGGUCGAUUGCUCUGUCUGAAGAUAAUUUUGGAUUUAUGACAGAAUACGUGGCAACAAGAUGGUAUAGAGCCCCAGAAAUCAUGUUAACUUUCCAAGAAUACACUACGGCGAUUGAUGUUUGGUCAGUUGGAUGUAUAUUAGCAGAAAUGCUAAGUGGUAAACCAUUGUUCCCAGGGAGAGAUUAUCAUAAUCAAUUAUGGCUCAUUAUUGAAGUAUUAGGAACACCAAACAUGGAAGACUAUUAUAACAUUAAACUGAAAAGAGCAAGAGAAUAUAUAAGGUCAUUACCUUUUAGAAAGAAGAUUACCUUUGACCAAUUAUUCCCCGAUUGCAACCCCUUAGCAAUUGAUUUGUUAGAAAAUUUAUUAACAUUUAACCCUGCAAAGAGAAUAUCCGUUGAAGAUGCUCUCAAUCAUCCAUACUUGAAAUUGUACCAUGACCCAGAAGAUGAACCUAUAGCUGAAAAAAUUCCAGAAGAUUUCUUCGACUUUGAUAAGAAAAAGGACUCUUUGCAAGUAGAUGAGUUGAAAGUUAUGCUAUACGAAGAAAUUAUGAAGCCAUUAUAA